GGUGGCAGAAUUUUCAAGUGUCCAUCUUCAGCCGUCUUGUUCAGCUCAAAAGAAUUUCUCAUCCUUGAGGCCGAUUUUCUAAUAUUCAUUGUACAAAGAGGCGAUUUAGUUAAAGAAGAAUCUGCAAUAUGGGAAGAU